CGGGAGAAUAGAAGCGAUAGUUGCACACUGCAGCGUUGCCAAACUUACGUUUCACUUGAAACGGCAGGGUAGAAUUCAAAGUGACAAAAGCAUCUUACAAUUGCUUAAAAUAAAAAAAAAAAUGGUAGCAGGUUAAAAAUUCAUGAGUUUUUUUUUAAUUACGACCGCGCUUUUUCCCCACGCGUGCCUCUCGGCCACCCAUAAAAAUCGCAAUCGCGCACCUUUCACCCGCACAGUGCGCUAAAACACGAUGUCCCUCGUUAAAGGCGUGGUAAUAGUCGCCGCGAAACGUACGGCGUUCGGUAAAAACGGUGGCAAACUGAAAAACGUUCCGAUGGCGGACCUGCAGACGAUGGCAGCUCGAGCCGCCCUCGCCUCCGCCACCAUCAGCCCAGAUCUCGUGGACACCGUCGUCAUAGGCAACGUGCAUUCGAGCAACGCCCCCGACGGUAUCUUCCUCGGGCGUCACGUCCUUCUGCGGACCGGCGUGCCUACGGAGAAGACGGCGAUGACGGUCAACCGUCUGUGUGGUUCAGGGUUUCAGGCGAUUGUGUGCGGGGUGCAGGAUUUACUGACCGGAGCGGCUCGAGUGUCACUGACCGGGGGCGUGGAAAACAUGUCGGCCACUCCUUACAUGGUGCGCGGUAUUCGUCACGGGAUCCCUCUGGGUACGAGCCCGGUCAUGGACGACACCUUGUGGGUGACCUUGACCGACACGUAUUGCGGCCUAUCUAUGGCGAUGACUGGCGAAGUUCUAGGGGAGCGGUACGGCAUCACACGCGACGAGGUGGACGAGUACGCUCUGACGUCGCAAAAACGUUGGAAGGCGGCGCAAGAUGGCGGCAGGUUCGCGGAGGAAAUGGUACCGGUGCGGGUAAACGCGGAAAUGGAGCUGACGGUGGACGAACACCCGCGACCCGAAAGUACCAUCGAAGGACUCAAGAAGCUGCCAUCGGUGUUUAAAAAGGACGGUUUAGUAACGGCCGGUUCGGCGUCGGGGAUAUGCGACGGCGCCGGCGCCGUCGUCAUCGCCACCGACGAAGCCGCAGUGGCGCAUAACCUCAAACCGCUGGCGCGGAUCGUAGGGUAUUCGAUAGUGGGGGUUGAGCCGUCGAUAAUGGGGAUCGGGCCGGCGCCCGCCAUCAGGACUUUGCUCAAGGCAGCCGGCAAGACGUUAGACGACAUCGACCUGGUGGAAAUUAACGAAGCCUUCGGCGCACAAACACUGGCGUGCGCCAAAGAUUUGGGGUUGGACUUGGAGAAAUUAAACGUCGACGGCGGUGCCAUCGCCUUGGGGCAUCCCCUCGCCGCUUCGGGGAGCCGGAUCAUGGCUCACUUGGUGCACGAGUUGAGGAGGAGGAAGGCCAAGUACGGGAUCGGGUCGGCAUGCAUAGGCGGCGGGCAAGGUAUCGCCCUGAUGGUGGAGGCAUUAAAAUGAAAUACUUUUAAAAAAAUAAACUAUGCUAUUUAAAGGUCAUCGAAGUGCUUCCUAAUUUAAAAUUCCAUUUCGAAAAAUUAUAAUGGAUCACAAUUUCGAUUGUGCCGCGUAUGCAUUCCUCAAAACAACACUGUCUCGCUUCUUAAUUACUUUAAGUGUGCUUCUUUUUAUCGUGUAAUAAAUUAAAAUUAUUUGAAAAAUUGAAACUUAUUAUGGUUACUCGAUUAUUAUUGAUUGCCACGCACCUCCUGAUAUUAACUAUAUAUAAAAGCAACGCGAAAUGCGUUUUAGAAAAUGAAACAAAAAUUAAAUAAAAUAAUUAUGAUAAGAAAAGGGGGGAAAAGGCAAAAAAAAUAAAUAGAUAGAUAAAAAUGAACUUAAAAGAAAUUAAUUACCCGUAGUGCUCAGAGUUCUGGAGCGAUGGGAAGGUUCCACAAACAAUAAACAAAUAUAACACUAUUUAACCUUAGGGCGCCAGAAAGUAGUAGACCUUCCAGUCUCUCAGAUGACCCGAAGAACCCGAUGUUUAUUAAAUUUCAAUUGGAACAAUGGUUGUGUAAGUUAAGGGGAGUAAAAAAAGAAAAUAAUUGGUCGGUGGUGAGGGAAUGGUUCAAGCUCCAAUAUCACGAUAACACAGGAACUUCGAAGUUUGAUCCUCCCAGAAUAUACUGCCACGGUGCUUCCAAACCACGGGCCAAAACAGUGCUCCAAGGAGAGUAUGGGCGCUCCAAAGAGAGUGCAGGCGUUCCAAGGAGAAUACGGGUGCUCUAAAGAUCCUCGGUGGAUUUUCUUGAGGUUGAAAACUUGGUGGGCAGAAGGUAAACGUCCAAUUCUCUUACAUAAUAAGUGUGGGAAGUUCUCAAAAAAAAAAAAAAAAACGAACAGCACCAAAUCGCUGCCCAUCUAAGUGAAUUUAAUCCUAAAUCCGCAAAAUGAUGGCUGAAGACAACGCCGGUAUGUCGCUCAGGGCCAGGUGUGAGAAAGGUAAAAAGAGUACUUCCUCAGAUAUUUGCCCCAUACUUCCAAUGAUACUAGCGGUCCGAAUUUAUUUUGCGAACGAAUUAUUUAUUUAAAGAAAAUAUGUACAUAAUUUAGCCGCUGUCGGAUUGAAUUCAAUUAAUUGCUUAUUGAUAAAAGGUAUAUUUUUAAAAGGACCAUUUAUUAUGAAGCGAUUAUUUGAAAGAUUCGUAACAACUAAAUAAAUUAAAUUAAAUUAAAUUACGACUUUCCUUGGCAGCACUACCGUGGACGUCCAAGCAAAUCAGGUGUUUGCCAGUGAGGCAGGAAAAAAAGAAAUUGUUUACUAUUUAAAAUGAAUAUACACGGAAGUACCAGAUCAUAUUUCACUAUAAAACUCUGGUCAAGUGGACAUGGAAUGGAAUGGUUAAAAUAUAAGCAGUAAACCUACCAAGAAAAUGUUCCAAGGAAAAAUAUGGGUAAGCCAUAGAAAUUAGUCGGUUUAUCCACCGAAAUGUAAGCAAUAUUUAAGGAAGUAUUUCCCUAUGAUUCAUCAAGUAACUAACUAAUCAACCAUGUAAACAAUAUAUGUAGAAUAUAUAUGGAGGAGGCGUAAUUAUAACUAUAUGCCAAAGUUGUUAACUAAAUUUCUUGAAUAAAAUAGAUUAACUAUAAUACAUAUUAUAAAAAUCAGUGAAUAAUCAAUAAUUAACAUUCCUUUAUAAUUUUAGCAUGAUCAAGUAAUUUGAUAGAAUUCUGAUAUGUUUAUGUACUUUUUGAUAACAUUUGGUUUAUUGUUAUUAGAAUUAAGUAUAGAAGAAAUGACUCUUAAUAACUGAAUGAGCCCCAAUUGUACUUAUUAUUAAUUACUUAAUUACGUUUUUUUUGUUUGUCCACAUUUUAAUUUUAAUUAAAUAAAGGCCAAUU